AUGGUUUGGCUCUCCAACGUCGGGACCCGCCUCGGCGACACCCUCAAACGCUCCCUCGCCUCCGACUCCACGCCCUCAGCAGCCGCCCCCACCCACGGCAUCCUCGCCUUCGAAACCGCCAAAACCAUGUCACGCUUGGUCUCUCUCUACAAAUCCCUCGACAAUGACGAGGUUUCGAAGCUCAGAAAAGAGGUUAUGAAGGCCGAAGGCGUCGCUUACUUGAAUUCUGAAGACGAGGUCCUUCUCUUGAACCUUGCCUGUGCCGAGAGGCUCGAAGAUCUCGACAAGGCCGCCGCCGUGGUGGCAAGAUUGAGCCGGAAAUGCUCCGACGUCGGCCUCCACCGCUUCGACCUCGUCUACACCGAUCUCAAACUGGGCAUCGUCGAUUUGGGGAAACUAGAAUAUGGAUCCAAGGAGACAAAAAAGAAUAUCGAGAAGAUGGAGAAGAUGGUCUCCUUAACCUCUCGUCUUUACACGGCGUUAGAAGCUCUCUCCGAAUUGGAGGUUUCGGAAAGGAAGCUGAAACAAUGGAAGCAAAAUCGCAUGAAACUUCAAUCCCACGACAGCACGAACUUCGGCCUCUUCAACGACAAAAUCGCGUACCAGAGAAAGCAAGUUCGUCAUCUGAGAGAAACCUCGUUAUGGAAUCAAACUUUUAAUCGAAGCGUUGGCCUAAUGGCCCACAUAGUUCGCAUCAUCUACGCCCGAAUCUGCAUCGUUUUCGGGCCGUAUAUUUCCUCGCUUCCACGAGUCUCGUUGCGCAACAUUCGUUCUUCCCAACAGAGAAAAAUUCUAAGAGACCAGCCUGAGUUUUGCCUUAUCGAACCGGAAUUGGUAACUUCAAGAUCAGGGCCAAUCCCAUCGACGUCCCAGCCCAAUUUGGUGCGAUUUCACAGCCAAAAGUUGAAUCUUUUCUCGGGUGUUGGUUGCAAGAACAAGGUGUUCCAGGCGGCGGGGCCGUCGACGUUGGGCGGCUGCGGGCUGGCGGUACGGUAUGCGAAUGUGGUGGUUUUGGCCGAGAGGUAUUUGGACUCAGCGGUGACGAUCGGAGACGAAGCUCGGCAGGUUUUGUACCAGAUGCUGCCGGAAAAUAUGAAACUUAUGGUACGGUCGAAGGUGGGGAAGAAUGGAAGGGCGGUGCCGGCGGAGGGGUGGAGGGAGGCGGUGGCGGAGAUAAUGGCGUGGCUUUGCCCUCUGGCGAAAGACACCUUGAAGUGGCAGGCGGAGAGGAACUUUGAGAAGAUGAGGUUCGAGUCGAAGCCGCCGGUGCUUUUGUUGCAAACGCUGCAUUUCUCGGACAAGGACAAGGCGGAGGCCGCCAUUGCGGAGGUGUUGGUGGGUCUGAGCUGCAUAUAUCUCUACGAAAAUCGCCAGAGCAACGGCGGGGAGUGGGCGGGCGUCUCUUUUGACGGAGCUUGGCACGCUCGAAAUGAAAUCUUCUCAAAGUGA